AUGCAGACGGGAUGUAAACGCCAUGCGGCUUUUACAGGCGAGAUCAUGCAGACGGGAUGUAAACGUCAUGCGGCUUUUACAGGCGAGAUCAUGCAGACGGAAUGUAAACGUCAUGCGGCUUUUACAGGCGAGAUCAUGCAGACGGGAUGUUUACGCCAUGCGGCUUUUACAGGCGAGAUCAUGCAGACGGGAUGUAAACGUCAUGCGGCUUUUACAGGCGAGAUCAUGCAGACGGGAUGUUUACGCCAUGCGGCUUUUACAGGCGAGAUCAUGCAGACGGGAUGUAAACGUCAUGCGGCUUUUACAGGCGAGAUCAUGCAGACGUGA